AAGAGCGCACCGGCAGGUUUUCAGGCCAACCCAGUCGUCGUCGGACUGCGUCGAGGUUCACGUCACGAUACGCGGUCGCCGUAUACAGCGAUCGGGAUUUUUCAGGAACGCGCUGAAAAAUUUACGCGAAAUCCGCCGAUUCGGGUCAAUUUUAUGGACCGUCCACUAGUGCUCUGUGACAAUACUAGCAGGAUUUUUUGCCGGAUUGUGUUUAGCGACUGCGAAACGGAAUUGUAAAGCCCGUCGCACGAAUUUGGUGACAAACUUUCUGUGAUAUUGUUGUGGUGUCGCUCGCUGUAGUUAACGUUUUUGUUCUUCUGGAAAGAUUUCACGAUUGUGUGUCGCGAGUUAGAGCUGGAUUAGUUUUGGUUUCCAUUGCAAACACAUCCGCACCAUGGUAGCCUAACAAAAUUUGAGCAGCAAGCGAGAUGAGAUACCACAGCUAAGAAUUGGAAUGUUGUAAACUCUGUCGUCACCAGAUAUCAACUAGACAAUCAAAAUGACGUCUACGUACAAAUUUUUGCUGUUGCUCUUGCGGAUAUUCAGUUGGGGCGUUGGCGCCAAAGCCGAAGGCAGAGAGCAAAAAUUUGCCAUGGAACCGCAAGACCAAACGGCAGUGGUCGGCUCGAGGGUCACGUUGCCGUGCAGGGUCAUCAACAAAAGCGGUAUUCUCCAAUGGACCAAGGACGAUUUCGGUUUGGGUACCCACAGAAACUUGAGCGGAUUCGACAGAUACACCAUGGUGGGGAGCGACGAGGAAGGUGAUUACUCUCUGGACAUCUAUCCGGUGAUGCUGGACGACGACGCGAAAUACGAAUGCCAAGUGUCGCCCGGACCAUUGGGUCAACCGGGAAUCAGAAGCCAUUUCGCAACUCUAACCGUGUUAGUACCGCCAGAUCCUCCUAAAAUCGUACAAGGAGAUUACAUGGUCACGACCGAAGACAGAGAAAUAGAGCUAGAGUGUAUCAGUUACGGGGGAAAACCGGCUGCGGAAAUCACAUGGAUAGAUGGUCACGGUAACGUACUAACGGAGGGUAUAGAAUACCUGGUUGAAGAACUCCCGGACCAUCGGAGGUACACGGCCAAAUCGAUAUUGAAACUCACCCCGCGGAAAGUACACCACAACACGACGUUCACGUGUCAAGCGCAGAACACGGCCGAGAGGACGCACAGAUCUGCCAAAUUAAAGCUCGAAGUUAAAUACGCCCCCAAAGUGACGGUCACCGUCCUCUCGGGCACAAGCUCAAGCGGGCGAAUCCCUGAAGGGGCCGAAGUUAGGUUGGGGUGUUUAGCGGACGCCAAUCCCCAGGAUGUAUCCUACAAAUGGUUCCUUAACGACGAGCCCUUGAUCGGAGACUACACGACCGAACUCGUCCUUCACAACGUGUCCAGAAAACAUCACGACGCCAUCGUCAAAUGCGAGGUUCAUAAUGCCGUAGGGAAAAGCGAGGAGAGCCAAACGUUGGAUAUCAGCUAUGCUCCACAAUUUCGAUCGAAACCACGGUCGGUCCAGUCCGAUAUCGGAUCGAACGUCGUAUUAACCUGUGACGUGGACGGAAACCCUUUUCCGGAUAUCACAUGGUACCACGAGGACGCUAAGAAGAUCGUAAGCACCAGUCCCAAUCUCACCUUAAGAGUGGACCAGUUCACCGCUGGAAAAUACUACUGCAAAGCUCACGUUCCGGGCUUUCCUGACGUCGGGGCCGAGGCCGCCAUAUAUCUCAAGGGACCACCAUCGAUCAUCAGUCACAGAACACAAUUCGGAAUCGAAGGCGACAACGUGAGGGUUGAAUGCACGGCGUUCUCGAUCCCGGCUCCGGAGAGGGUGGUGUGGACUUUCAACGGCCGCGAAGUCGAUCUCCACGAUCAGGAUUAUUCGAUUCUGGAGGAUCCGCUCCCGGAAGGCAUCAAGUCGACAUUAAUCAUACGGGAAUCGCAGGAGAAACACUUCGGAAUGUAUAAUUGCAGCGUCUCGAACCCGUACGGCAGCGACGUAGUGGAGAUUAGCCUUAUGCCGCAGAAGAGCUUUCCUAUGUUGAUUAUCGUUGUCGGUGUCAUCGGGGCCAUUAUACUGCUCAUUAUCGUCAUAAUGAUCAUUUUUCUGUGUCAGCGACAGGGCAACAAGAAAGCGCCCCCAGAAAACACGCAUACCAUCGAGAAACAGUGCAAGGAGUCGGAUCGCAGCUCUAAUAUAUCCGAUUUGAAGCUCGAUUUGAGGACCGGCUCGUCCAACUCGAACGUGCACUGCGACAUGGAUUAUAUUCCGGGGGCUGAGUCCGAGACUGGCAGCGAAUCCGUGAUAACCAGGAUAGGGGUACCUCUAGCCGGACCUGUCAACGUGUCUGGACAGGAGAUUUAUAGAUAUUCGGCGGAUUACACCGAGCCGAGUUUCCCACCCAAAGACGGCCAAAACAACAACGGCUACGUUCCGUACGUAGACUACUCGAGAGACUACAAUCCGCCGAUGAUGCAGCCACCGACAUCCCUAGACCCGUCGAGGGAGAGUCUGCAAUCGACGCGUCUCCAAUUGAACUCUCUCCAGGCGCACCAGAUGUCCAUGUCGACUUCUGGAAUGCCCUUAAAUGACUUGUCAGACCUGCACGUGAGCCAAGCGAACGGCGUCAUCCCGGGGAUAGAUCCUAGGUUCAGCGCGACCUACGGUAAUCCGUACCUACGCAAUACCAGCGUGGGUUUGCCAACACCGAAUACGGCCAAUCCGGUGGCCACACCUGCCCCGCCCCCCUAUUCGAGGGACAAUUCGCGUUUGGCCAUCGGCAGUAGUGCGAUGAUCACCGCUAGCGCGAACGUUGUGAACACUGUGGUGGCAAACGGUAGCAAUGGGUCGAUGCCUCAAGUAACUAGACUACCGAACUCCCCGACGAGUCAGUACAUAGUGCCCAAUUCGACCAUGAAACGAGGAACGAUGGCAACUCACGUAUAAUAUCCCUGAGUGAUUUUUGGUUUUCUUGAAAUACGAAAGUAGCGGCAUGCGAUGCGGAAUUAUGGUGGGGGCACACUUUUUCUGUGGCGUUGGUAAUAACAUACCAUCACGGAACUAACUACAUGUGAUACAACCAGAAUGAUGCGGAAGUUAUUAAUUAAUUUGUUUCAUGAUUUUCAAAAUUACAAAUCAUAAGAUAAAAAUCACAUAUAAAAUGAAAUGACGUCUGUAGAGCAGCUCACUUCACUGCACACUGCAAUAGAUAUGACUAAUAACAAUUCCAUACCUUUAUAUCAUGCUAUAUAUGAUUUGCAAAUAGUCCCCUUUGCAAUAGUUUUUUAUCUUCCACGUUCGCUAAGAUAGUAAAUUAAGACGUUUGUGGUUAUCCAUAUCAUCUCUGGGUUUUGAGAAAUAAAAAAUUUUAAUUCAUUAUUUAUUACCGCUUUUAACACUACCACUGCUUCAGUAUUCGCUAGUUUGUUCCAUUCUUUAUAGUGUUGUAGGGAGGUACCAUAAUUUUAAUGACCUGUAGGAGUACCUACAUGUUUUUCUGAAAUGUUUCUUGAAAAAAAAAAUCCCAAUUUCAUUCUAGAACAAUUUGUUAAUAGAAAAACUUUCUUAAGUAGUCAAAGUGAUGUAUCACUAGCUUUCCUUUUGGGACGUUGGGAAAAAGACAAACACAUCAAGCGGCCACAAAAAGUGUGCCCCCUUAACGCGUGACACACGAGCGGCAACGCAAAGACUGAAUAAGUUAUCAUUUUGAAUGAUUUUUUAAUUAUUAUCGACCGUUCAGUUCAAAGUAGAUAGAAACAAUUCUGGUGAUUCGAAACACAGAAGCGGAGCUUGUACAUUUUACUAGACAAUUAAAUUAAUUGACCGAAUUAUCAAUUUAAAAAUGAUUACAAUUAAUCAGAAUAUGUAAAGUUAUUUUACUAACAAUGUAAAGUUGCAUAUUUUCUCCGUCAUUUGUAGUUCAGCGUAUUCGAUUCGCGCUGGCUUUCCCCAUUUUUAAUUUUUAAUAAUUAUAUUCGUAAAUUACGCUGUGUGAUAAAAGAAAUGAAAUUAUACAUAUCCAAUUGAUUAGGUAAAACUUUUUGUAUCUUUUUAUUAUUAAUAACAACCCAUCGGUUGAAUCAAUUUUUAGAUGAAUUGUUGAUAAUGAACUAAGUUUAAACUUAGUAAGUUAUGACUCCAAGUAAUUUGUUUAAAUUCUACAAUGAGUACAAUUUCUGCGUUAAAUAGAGCUGGGUGCUGAAUAUCUUAAGGGCAGAGUGACAGUAGUUGAUACUAUUCUGAAGGAGAAUUGAUCUUCCUCAAACAGUGUUUCGUUCUAUUUAUUCUGUGAACUAUUUUUUAUUAUUUUAAUCUAAAUUUCAGAGAAUGUCAUAAUAUAUCAAAGCAGCCGAUAUCACAAUUUACCGGUUCUGUGAAAGCUAUAACUAAAAAAUAUUAGAAAAUUAAGAAAUAAACUGAAGUCGCCAUGUUUCAUUAAUUAAACCCCUCAUGUCGUAAUUGGCGUUGAAAAUAAAAGAAGCUCAUUGAUUAUCAAGCUCGUUAGCAAGACUUAAGUUUUUUUUCUACUCAGUUGCCUAUUCUCUGCUUCCUUAAACCCUUAUAACUUACCUUAUGUACUGUUUACAUAGUUAUCCUUGCCUUGCUUGAUAUCUGAAUUUUUUUAGCCUUUGCUACCGUAUAUUUACCACAGCGUGUAGUUUUAUGUCAAUGGUAUAAGCAAUAAAUUUGUUUCUAUUAUUAUGUAAGGUGUUUCACAUAAAAUUUACAAGUUAACAACUGUUCCUAAUUUGAUGCAAAUGAAAACUCUCGCUCUCCGAUCAGAAUUUAUUCGUGUUUACGUGCCAUAUAAACUCACCAGAAAAUAUGCAGCUCUGGACAAUUAUUGUACAUAUCACCGGUCGUGACUGUUUUCUGAUCGACCUCGAUCAAUAUGUCAAUUCGCUCCUAAAUUAGUUAGAUACCUAUCGUAUAGCACAAUAAGGAUUUUCGUCUAAAACUGUAUCAAACAAAUGCCGGAGCUUCCACGAGAAUCAGACAUUAUAUUAUCGUUUAUUUCGAUUUCUAUCACGAAAAAGUUUCCUAUUGAGCCUACCGAAAAAAUAUGUUGCGAGUUUUGCGUUAAUCUACAUUCGUCGAUAAAACUCGCGUCGAUCAAAUGUAGUUGAAGGGAUGACGAUGAUCGCUCGGUGCCUUAACAUUUUUCGCCGAUUUGUGACGUAAUGCAAUUACGUCUAUAAUAUUUUCUAUCCGCGCUUUAGGGCUUAAAAUUAAUCGGGGAGAAAUGUCAACACGCCACAAUAUAGUCCGGUCAAAAUAGACAUUUCGAAUAACACAAAUUGGGUACACCAAUAGAAAUCAGUGCCAAAAAAAUUAUUUAUUAUCAAAAAUUAAAAUUUUCGGCUUUUUUUAUUUUCCCCGAAUGCGGCAAGUUUUUCAAAAAAAUAUGUCAGACAUUGUAGAAUUGCCUGGAAAAAUAGCCAGUAUAUUUUUUUUCUAAGAUAUCGACAUUAUAUGCACACAUUUCCAACGUAUACAACGUGAGUCUAAAAGAUAU